ACGCCACCAGGUGCUCGGACGGAUACAGCCAAUGGAAGCUCUGCGAAAGGGGUGACGUCAGCGCGUCCUUCGCGUUCCCUCGCUCCGCCCCCUUCCCGGACGUCAGCGGGCGCAGUCUAUAAGAGCUGGGGAGGCGGGGUGGCCUCAGAGCUACCCUGACAUGCGAGACCAGAGUACUGAGAACUGAACCUGAGCUGGAACCCGAGCCCGAGUCCGGCCCCGAGCGAGUGCAAGCGGCCCAGCCGUCCCGGCCCCUGACCAAUAUGAGCUCGAGCCCGAGCCCGACCCCAUCCUGGACGCCCAGAUGCCGACGGACCUCCUCCCAGCCCCCAGGAUGAAGCUCAGCCCCGCCCCACCCAGCCCUGACCUGGGAUACCCCAUUGGCCUCCUCCGAGGGGGCUCCCUCAGGAACAGCUUGCUGUCUGACCUGCACUUCCUUCUAGCCUGGGCUUGGGCCUGGCUAAGGAGGGUGGGACUCCAGCCCAAGCCUAAAGGAGAAGCAAAGGAAGUGAGCCCCAAAGCUGGAGCCGAGGCCAGAGAGGCCUCCUUGGGCCAGGCCACAGCCAGAAGACCUCAGACAAGCUUCUCCUUGCGCAGGACCUGGGCCUACAGACCUGUAGAGGAUGAGGAUGAGGGAGAUGAAGAUGAGGAAGAGGACGAGGGCAAGGAAGGAGAUGAAGAAGGAGAAACAACAAGCCAGCUUCUUUCUCCAAUGUUCACCAGCCCCCUGCUCAGAGCCUGGGUCUGCAGACCUGGAGAGGAUGAGGAUGAAGGAGAUGAAUUUGAGGAAGAGGAUGAGGGUGAGGAAGGAGAUGAGGAAAAAGAAACAAGCCAGCCUCUUUCUCCAGUGUUCACUAGCCCCCUGCUCAGGGCCUGGGUCUGCAGACCUGGAGAGGAUGAGGAUGAAGAAAAUNAUGAAGGAGAUGAGGAAAGAGAAACAACAAGCCAGCCUCUUUCUCCAGUGUUCACUAGCCCCCUGCUCAGAGCCUGGGCCUACAGACCCAGAGAGGAUGAGGAAGGAGAUGAAGAGGAGGAAGAUGUAUCUGAUGAAGGAGAAGCAGCCAGCCAGCCUCCUCCUCCGCCAGGGCUCACUGGCCCCCUGCUCAGGGCCUGGGCCUGCAGACCUAGAGAAGAUGAGGAAGAGGCCAGAGGAGAAGCAGCGGGCAGGAGUGGUUCUCGGCUGCAGCCCUUCCUUGUUUCCAUCUUCGUCCCUGGGGGUGAGCAACCACCCCCCUGGAUCCCUCCUCAGCUACCCCAGAGGCUGAAGAGCCGCUUGAAGCCCCGAGGAUGCCCCCUUGAGCCUAAGGCCAAGCCUGAGCCCAUUCCAGGCAGGAAGGUCCGAUUCUCCAGCCAGGUGCAGCUGCAUCCCUUGGUGGUUUGGGCAGGUCCUGCCCGCGCUGCCCGCCGGGGCCCGUGGGAGCAGCUGGCACGCGAUCGGAGCCGCUUCGCCCGUCGGAUUGCCCAAGCCGAAGCUCAGCUCGGCCCCUGCCUGUGCCCCGCCGCACGUGCCCGCGCCUGGGCUCGUCUGCAAGCGCUGACCAUUCCCCCAGAGCCAGGAGCGCGCUUGUCCCAGGGCGGAGCCCGCCCCGCCCCGUGGAGCCCCGCCCACUUCCCCCUUCCGGUUGGGAAUUUUGCCUCGGAUUAAAAACCCAGAAAGUAGUCCGGCCCGAGCCUGUAGGAGGCGGGUCUCGAGAAACGCUGGGGUGGGGGCUGGGGAUUCUCUUGGUGGAUUGUAAACUUCGGGCAGGUCGGAACUCUUCGAUGGUCCUAAUCCGUGUCCGCAGGGCCGCCCCCAGCGGGCUUUCAAUAAAGAUUGGUUGAGAGGA